AUGGCCCCCCAUGUCGACGAAGGAGCACUCCAAGCCCUCCUCAAGUCCCUCUCAUCUGCCCCCGCCACAGCCCUCGCUGGACCCCAGGUCGCCCUCAUCGCCAAUGCCCUCCUCCCCUCUUCACCCCGCUCAGCAAGGGCCAUCGCCUACCUCUGUCUCUCCAAGCUCACAACAGACCUCGAAGACAAAGGCGACUCGGCUGCCAUCUCAAAGGUCUUUCAGCCUUACGUCGAAUCUAUAUUUCGUGGUCCUCAACCCCAGAUUCAAGAGAUUGAUGACGAAAGCGAAGCUGCCGAGGCAGGGGGCGAAUUCGACCCAGAGGCAUGUGUCCCGGCCACCUAUCUCUUCCUUGCCCUCUACCCGCUAUCUCCCCCGACGUCUACUACUCUUCUGACGACAAAGCUAGAGGACAACAAUGAUCCCCUCGCCGUCCUCCUCGAGCUCGCCGAACUCCCGUCGCCUCUUCAAUCAGCCCUAGCCCAGCUGUUUGUCGCUGCAGCCGACUCCAAAAUCGGCCGUGACCUGACAUUAUCUCGGGGUAUCGAAUGGCUGAAGGGCGGUCUGCGGUAUACGGAAGGGAGCAGCGAAGUUGGGGCCCUAUGCGCGGCUGCUCUGAGUAAACUGCUUGGCCGAGAUGCCGAGGAAAAGAUACCUGUGGGCGGGGAACAAGAGGAGGAGAGGGUGACCGCAGAGAAGGGCGAUCAGGAGCAGCUCGCUCGGCGCAUGAUGUCCCAUGUGGAAAGCGGCAACUCGUCUACCACGGCGAUCCAAUCGACUAUCGAAGGUCUCGCUGUCCUCUCCCUCCAACCUCGCAUCAGAGCCGUCCUCGCCUCGUCCCAAAAGUUCUUGAAAGCGCUUGUGGCGCUGUCACCUGUGGUGAACCGGAAAGGCGGGUCAUUACCCGUGACGCCGAGAGGGAGUAUGGACGCCGAUAAUUUCUCAAAGAUCUUUGAGGCUGUCGAGACUAGUUUUUGUUAUGGCUUGGCUAGCAUUCUCGUCAACUUGACGUCACGCAAGCCGAUACUGUCGGAACAGGACGCGCAAAUAGCGAAACUGAGAAAGAUGGCGGUCUCGGCGGACAAGAGAAAGUUGAAUGAGGACGAUGACGAUGACGAUGAGGGGUUUGAAACCGACGGGGAGGUGGAUAAACGGGUGGCGGCGGUACUUGCAGCAGGGGUUGCCCCUGCUUUGAGCGGACUCGUGAGGGCGGAGAGCAAGCUUGUGAAAGAACAACUGGGACGGCUGUGUAGGAAUUUGCUCGACCGGGGAGGAUCGACCGAGAAGAAUACGGAAAUGAUCAGAGCGCGACUAGCUUUCGUCAAGGGUGGAGGUUUCAAAGUCCUCUCCAUUGUCGUUCGUGAUCUCCUCGAACUUGCUACCACUGUACCCAAACCACCCCCCUCCUCUGCCCCUACCCCCGCCCCUCCUGCGAUCGAGAUCGACAUCCUGCCCGCAUGUCAGGCUAUGGCAAAACUCAUCAUCACCACCAACCCCGUCAUCUUGUUCCCCGCUCCCAUGCAAACGACCUCCCUCAACGCCCUCACACCUCUCUACCAUCUCCUCAUACACCCCGACUCGCUCCUCAUCCAACGCUUCGAAGCGCUCAUGGCGCUCACCAACAUUGCCUCCAUCGACCCCUCCAUCGCCGCCAAGCUCGUCAAAGCCGAGGUCAAGCCUCUCAAAGUCGAAGCUUUCUUGCGGUCACAGCCUGCUGGUCCAGUGAGGGUGAUGGUAAAGAUUGAAGAGAUGAUGCUCGACGAGAAUGUGCUCGCCCGGCGCGCUGCCGUUCAGCUGUUGUGCAAUAUCGCUUCGUGCCAAUCUGGUUUCUCCUACCUAUCCGGCGAAGACUCCUCUUCCUCACCUACCCGCGCUCGGUCGCUGCUCAACAUACUCUUGGUGAUGGCUUGUAUCGAUGAUAUACCGACGCGAUCGGCAGCUGGCGGAGCUUUGGCGGUGUUGACAGAGUCCGAGACGGCUUGCAAAUACAUUUUGAUGGGUGAUCUGAAGGAUGAAGAUGGGGAUAGCACGCCAGCAAGAUCACCGUGGUCUCGUGCUGUCUCCCUACUCGAACCCCCAUCCGACGAGACAUACGACGACGACGGCGAACCCAUCCCCGUCAUCUCUUCCUCCCCUCCCGCACCCAACCCGGAGCUAGUCCACCGCGGCGUCAUCAUCCUUUACAACCUACUCGAAUACGCUUUGACCUUGGGCGAUGAAGAAAGGACGAAAGAGGGGGUGAGGGUGAAGGAAGAGAGGGUGGAGGAAAAGCUGUUUGGGGCGUUGGGGGUGGUUAAGAAGAUGGGGGAGGAGGUGGUGCAGCCGACGGUGCAGUGUUUGAGGAUGAUCAGGGAGAAGUUAUGA